CUGGGGAAUUUGGUAGUGGGACUUGCCCGGCCGGGUCACAACGCCAUCAUCCCCAGCACUUGUCCUUUUUCAUCAGAUCGCAUGAGCUCUGCCAUCAGGGCGCAGCGGCCGCAGCACACCCACAGUCACAGUGCUGACGUCACGCAGCCAAUAGCUCCCGCUGGAGCCACAGCUGCAGCAGCGAAGGGAUUGAAUAGCGGCGCUGGCGGAGGCAGCCAUCUUAGAUCUGCUGAGCUGAAAGUGGACGCAUUCCUUGGAUUUUUUACACUCCGUCAGAUUCUUUUUUAUUUAUUAAUAUUAUUAAGUCUGUUUUUUUUUUUUUUUUUUUUUAAGCAUGGAUGUGCGAAGGUGUAAGCCUAAUGCGUAUAUAGCCUGGCUGGUCCUUGGGUUAUUAUACGGAGUUGAAGCGGAUAAAGUUAAUAAGCACAAACCAUGGAUUGAAACGACAUAUCAUGGUAUAGUAACAGAAAACGAUGACAAGGUGCUUUUGGAUCCACCAUUGAUAGCAUUGGAUAAGGAUGCACCGCUACGCUACGCAGAGAGUUUUGAGGUGACUGUCACCAAGGAAGGUGAAAUUUGUGGAUUUAGGAUCCAUGGUCAGAAUGUCCCCUUUGAAGCUGUGGUACUUGACAAAACCACUGGCGAGGGGGUCAUACGGACCAAAGAAAAACUGGAUUGUGAACUCCAGAAGGAACACACGUUUACUAUCCAGGCUUAUGACUGUGGAGAGGGACCAGAUGGGGCCAAUAUGAAAAAAUCCCACAAAGCAAAUGUGCACAUCCAGGUGAAUGAUAUGAACGAGUAUUCUCCCGUGUUCAAAGAGAAGUCCUACAAAGCCACUGUCAUUGAAGGAAAGAAGUAUGACAACAUCCUGAAGGUGGAGGCUGUUGAUGCUGACUGCUCAUUCCAAUUCAGCCAGAUCUGCAACUACGAAAUCGUAACUCCGGAUGUGCCUUUCACCAUUGACAAAGAUGGAUACAUUAGGAACACGGAGAAGCUGAACUACAGCAAGGAACGCUUGUACAAACUGACCGUCACUGCGUACGACUGCGGCAAGAAGAGAGCUACUGAUGAUGUUCUUGUCAAAAUAAACAUUAAACCGACCUGUAAACCUGGCUGGCAAGAUUGGAGUAAACGGAUGGAAUACGAACCCGGCACAGGAAGUUUGUCUCUGUUUCCCAGCAUGCACUUGGAAACCUGCGAGGAGCCAAUUACCUCUAUUCAAGCAAACAUUGAACUUGAGACUAACCAUGUUGGGAAAGGAUGUGACCGAGAUACAUACUCUGAGAAGUCGCUCCAUCGGCUAUGUGGCGCUUCCUCUGGCACAGUGGAGCUGCUUCCGGCUCCCAGCAGCACUGCUAACUGGACUGUGGGGCUCCCCACUGACAAUGGGCACGAUAGCGACCAGGUUUUUGAGUUCAAUGGCACUCAGGCGAUCAGGAUCCCAGAGGGGAUUGUGCCCUCCAACCUGAAGAAACCGUUCACCAUCUCGGUGUGGAUGAGACACGGGCCUGGUGCCAGAGAGAAGGAGACCAUUCUGUGCAACUCUGACAUGACAGAUAUGAACCGGCAUCACUAUUCCCUCUACGUACACAGCUGCAGGCUGGUGUUCCUGUUCCGCCAGGAUCCAGCGGAAAACGAGAACUACAAACCUGCUGAGUUCCACUGGAAACUGGAUCAGGUGUGUGAUAAGGAGUGGCAUCACUACGUGUUGAAUAUCGAAUUCCCAUCCGUGGCGCUCUUUGUUGAUGGCAACUCCUAUGAUCCCUUCCUUGUGACUGAAGAUUACCCUCUUCAUCCUUCCAAGAUUGAAACUCAGCUGGUGGUUGGAGCGUGCUGGCAAGAACAUGAGAACGAGACUGUAACCGAGACCUUUGCAGGUGGUAUUCUUCGUAUGUCCCAAUUUUUUAGAGGUAACUUGGCUGGUUUGAUGAUUCGUUCUGGCAAACUGGAGAACAAGAAAGUAAUUGAUUGUUUGUACACCUGCAAGGAGGGGCUGGACAUACAGCUUCCUGAAGAAGUGGGCACAGGCAUGAAGGUUCAGUUUAACCCCAGCCAGUCUCUGCUGACUGUGGAGGGAGAUGACGUUGAGAGCUUUGACAAGGCAAUGCAGCACAUCUCCUACUUGAAUUCACGACAGUUCCCAACCCCUGGAAUCAGGAGGCUUAAAAUCACCACCACUGUCAAGUGUUUCAACGAGGAGACCUGCAUUGCUGUGCCUGAUGCAGAGGGCUACAUCAUGGUGCUACAGCCCGAGGAACCCAAGAUUAGCCUGAGUGGCAUUGAUCACUUUGCACGGGCUGCCUCUGAAUUCGAGAGCAAUGAAGGGGUGAUUCUUUUCCCAGAGCUGCGCAUUGUCAGCACCAUCACACGAGAGGUGGAGCCGGAGGGAGAAGGAGAGGACGACCCCACAGUUCAAGAGUCUGUGGUAUCGGAGGAAAUCUUGCACAAUCUGGAUACGUGUGAGGUUGCCGUCCUGGGAGAUGAGCUGAACGCAGAGCAGGAGAGCUUGGAAGUUGAUCUUGACCGGAUUCAACAAAAGGGAAUGGAAGUGAGCAGCUCCAGCCUCGGCAUGAUCGUCACAGGUGUGGACACCAUGGAUAACUAUGAGCAAGUUCUGCACCUGAUCCGCUACAGAAACUGGCACACACAGUCCCUCUUUGACAGAAAAUUUAAACUGGUUUGCUCAGAGCUUAAUGGCCGCUAUAUCAGCAAUGAGUUUAAGGUUGAGGUAAAUGUUAUUCACACCGCCAACCCAGUUGAUCACCCGAACAAUGUAAUGGCACAGCCAGAGUUUGUUAAUCCAAUGCACCAUGGUUCUGUGGAUCUGUCUGGACAUAAUCUGGUUAAUGCACACCAGUCAUCAGUUGUCCCAAGUGCUGCCACCAUUGUGAUUGUGGUCUGCGUCAGCUUCCUUUCCUUCAUGAUUAUCCUGGGAGUUUUCCGAAUCCGUGCUGCGCACCAAAAGACCGUGAGGGACCAUGAGAAUGGAAAAGAGAACGAGAUGGACUGGGACGACUCUGCCUUGACCAUCACAGUCAACCCCAUGGAGACCUAUGAGGACCAACACAGCAGUGAGGAGGAGGAGGAAGAGGAAGAGGAGGAGAGCGAGGACGGAGAGGAGGAAGACGACAUCACUAGCGCAGAGUCUGAGAGCAGCGAGGAGGAAGAGGGGGAGCAAGAGGACCAACAGAACGUCAACCGACAGCAGCAGCUGGAGUGGGACGACUCUACCCUCACCUACUGAGUCCACAGGAGAUCCGUGCUCUCCAGGACCACUGUCUAUCCACUCCAUUGUUCCCAAGGACCCAUAGUGUAAAGUUAAAAAAACAAAGAAUUCUGUGGUGGCUGGCAUUGCUGCUUAAGCUUCUAGUGGCCAAGGCUUAUGUUGACGUGGCAGAUAUUCCUAGAAUCCUUUAGUAGUUCGUUUAGUUGCUAUAUUAGGAGCAUCAGAAUUUUAACGUACCUGUACAAAAUGUUUGGCCUGGCCACCAGAUUUAUGAUUUUUUAAUGCUAUGUAGGGAACCACCUUGCACUUUUCUUCGUCAUCCCAGCUGUGAGACUGAAAUAAAGGAUGGUAGACAUGGCGCACGAAUUUCAGAGCAUCCUUUUUUGCUCACCGAGCAGCUUUGGUCUCUACUGUAUUCUUCUGUGAGAUGGAAGGGUUUUUGUUUUAAUUUAAAAGAAAGCGAAUAAGCUUAGUUUCCGUCUGUUCAUUACAGAAUUUCUCUUUUUUUUUUUUUUUUUUUUUAAGUGCAUGAGAAAAGUGGCAAAAGGUUAUGUAGAAGAGAAAAAAAAUUGUAAAUAUAAUGAAAUUGUGUAAUUAGUCGUUGUGGUAGGUAAGACUGGGUUUAAAUAUGGGGGUCCAAUAUGUAAACUGAAGAUUUUGUCACAGAUGCAGUACGUACUGUAGCAUUAUGUCACUAUGAUUAUAGCAUGCUCCAAAACUGUCAAAGCUCUUCUUUCAUGCUUGUAUAAUGCUUGCAUCAGGGGGAAGAAACCCAUGAAAAGAGGAGACGUUUCUGUGAAAAUGUGUAGUUUUUGUUUUUGGGGGGGGUGAGAAAUAUGUGGCUACACUUUAUUCAGCACCCGAUUGCUUCCCCCCUCUUUUUGAUAUAAAUAAAUUAAGCAGACGUUGUUAUUCUGGGGCUACCGUAAAUAUAAAAUGUUUUAUUUUCUAGGCUUUAACACAUUUUUAAAGCCCAUGCUAAUUUCAGUAGAGGUCGCAUUUUUUUAAAAUGUUGCAUACUAAUUGUUUUGAUCCUAGUCUGUCUGUGAAGCAAGCGCUGUCUUGUUCCUGUAGCUUUAUAAUCUUGCUACGUUGUUUUUCCAUGAAUCUCUGCAGAUCGAUUCUUGAGCUAUUCAACCACCUCUGCUUCAGUCACCUGCUGUGACUCAUUUAACCUGGUCGGUACAUCUUGGAAUAUCAGAUGGGCAGUUGUCUCUUUUGCUUUACAUGGAAGAUGGACAGGCUCGGUUGCUGCCAGAUGUUUAAUAUGGGGAAAGGUUUUAUGAGAUGUUUUUGAAAACAAAGGAACGGUUGUCGAUUUUGAGCUACAUUUCCAAUCCCAACCAAUAGUUUAUUGUACAUGGAACCAACCGUACUGUAGUUGUUUUAAGCUAUUUAUUUACAUUUGGUAAACUUGUUUUUCGUCCUGGUAAUAUUGAAGUAUACAAAUGAAAUCGGAACAUUUCGUGGAUCAAGUUUGGGAUAUUAACUUUUUUUUUAAACUUCCUGCCUUUUAAAUAUUUUUACUGGAACCAGAUUAUAUGUUUGCUAAAAUGAGCUAGGUAUAAUGUUUCUAAGAGCAGGAAUGCAAUGGAGAUGGUUGAGGAAGUGCAUUGUAAAUGUAAUGAAUUACUGGGUAAAUGAGUAAUGUAAAUGUAUGUUAAUGAAUGACAAAGAAAUUUAACACGAUGGGGGGCAAAGACUAUGGAGAGAGAAAAACUAGAUUGUGUUUCUCUGCUAAUACAGUUUUAGAAUUGUGAACCAGUUUGCUUUUCUUAGUAACUUACAAAAUGAAAGAUAAUAAUAAAAAGUAGAAGAGCCCUUUUGAAAAACAUUGUCAAUAAAAAAAUAUCAGAAGUACGAUUCCAGCUGAAAACAGUCCCAGUGAAAACGGAUGACCUCGUGCACAGUACGAGGGCAUAGGAACAUUUGAAAUGUAUAAUGUUAAACAGAGUAAGGGUUGCAUUACAGAGUAGUGUCUCCUCUUCUUAAACUGGGACCUGACCGGGAGAGAGAUGGCUGUUUAAAUUGGGAUUGCUUCAGUUGGUGUCGGGAGUGCCUUUUGCCUUUCAGGACUCAUUAACCUAACUGUACCAAAACUCACGCAAGCAGUUUUUAGUAGUGAGUUUUAAUCUCGUUUUUUUUUUUUUUUUUUUUUUUUUUUUAUUUUAGUUUUGUAAUUUUUUAAAAUGCUAGAUUUUCUUAAUCUGGGAAAUGGUUUUUAUUUAAUUGUUAUGUUGUAAUGAGAAACUGCUAGUUUUUAUCAGAAGUGGAACUUUUAAUGGUCUGUCUUGUGUUCAUGUUGAUGUGUACAAGAAUUAAGUCUUUUCCAUUUACUUUUUAGAUAUUGUAUUUAGACUAAAAUGAUCAUGUUUUGAAAAGCUAAUGCUGAAAAGGAUGUAAACUUGUUAACGCUGUAUGUAGCCAAUGUGGGUAUAAACUUACCGAUCUGUAUAUGGUGAUAGGUCACUUUUCAACAGUCUCUUAAGCUCCAAUAAAUUUCCAGUUCUAAAUCCUAUGUUAUGUAGGUGUCUUGCCUACUUCAGUGUCUGGGCAAUAUGAAACAUACGUGAUCUACAACCUGACCAGAAUAAAUGUUUGUAUGACCAA